AUGUCAGCCCCUUUACAAGCCGCAUCUCAUCACAUCUCCAGCGGUCCAUUGGAUCCCAGCGAAGCCCGCUGGACCCGAAUGGUCAAGAUAACAUAUAGCGAUCCCUUGGGCGUUAAACGAACAUGGGAAUCAGCUGAGCGUACGACCCGCCCAGCUGGCGUAGAGCUCGAUGGUGUCGGCAUCGUCACAAUCCUGAAUAAAGAGUCAGGCUCGGAAAUACUCUUGCAGAAGCAAUAUCGACCGCCGAUCGACAAGGUCGUCAUUGAAGUUCCGGCUGGCCUUAUUGACGCAGGCGAGACGCCUGAGCAGUGUGCUGUUCGGGAGCUCCGCGAGGAGACGGGGUAUGUCGGCGUGGCGGAGCAGAUCAGUCCUGUGAUGUAUAAUGACCCCGGACUGUGCAACACAAACUUGCAUAUGGUCCAUGUCAGUGUCGACAUGUCUCUUCCCGAAAACCAAAACCCCAAGCCUCAACUGGAAGAGAAUGAGUUUAUUGAGUGCUUUACUGUUCCGCUCAGCUCGUUGUUUGAUGAGAUGAAGAAGCUUGAAAAGGAGGGAUAUGCUAUUGAUGCUCGGAUUGGAACACUCGCCGAGGGAAUUGAAUUGGCGAAGAAGUGGAAGCUGUAG